AUGGACAACAUCCAACAACUAUACCAUCAAACACUAUCCUACCUGACCAUGGACCAACCCCUUCCCGCUCUCCAUCCAAUCCCAGGCACGAAACCGAUCACGAUCGAGGCUCUGGUCUUGCCGCCCGUGAUGUACUAUAUCGCCUUGCUCUUCCUGCCGCCUCCGCCCCCUCAGGCUGUGGAUACGCUGGCUUUCAAACUUUUGCGAAAUGGUCUUGCCAUUAUGGCUGGGAUAUUGUUCUUUCGGUUGCCAUUGGCUUAUUAUAUCCCGCAGAGUAUCGGGCUGAACUAUCAGCUCAGUCUAGUCGGAUUGUACGGUGGCUGCAGAGUCCUAGACGCCUUCUUCAUCAGCCCCUUGAUCUUCGGCCAUAUUCCUAGGAGAGUACGGUAUGAGCACAAACCACGAGAAGAACCCUCUGCUCUGUCGGCUGGCAGCAGCAGCAGCGGCGGCGGUGGUGCUAGCAAAGAAACCCCGAAUUCCAGUCGCAGACGAGUCGGGUAUGUCGACAGCUCUGCCACCGCACCCCCGACCUGGGAUCGUAGGCCCUCUCUGCCACUGGAUAGCUAUUUCCCCCUCGGCGCCGUCGACGCGGCAAAUUACGCCGUCAACGCCCUGCAGAGGACUCUAUCAGGGCCAUCGAAGCAAGCGGUGUAUCAGCAUGAGAUCCCUGAAGAUGGCUGGCCUCACUCCUUUCUCGAUCGCGCGAGCUGGGCUUUGGAACUGGAGAUGUCGAUGCGGGGCAUGGGAUUUACGUGGUCGACGGCCGAUGUGAGACAUACGCGGAAGACGUGGUUGCCUACGAUCAGCAACCGAUUGCAUUCGAUUUUCGUUCAUGUUCUACCUGUGAUUGUCGUUUGCUUGGUGUUUAUUCGAUAUACCUACGACAAUUACCUCGGUCCUCCUGGCGACCCACCGCCUUUUGAUGGACCUUCGAGGUUCGAUACGAGGUUGUCGCUGCCGAUGCAGUUGGGUCUUACGGCUGCUUUGGGGGCUUUCCUGAUGGUGGCUUUCUCGCUUGCGCAUAGUAUUUUCGCUAUUAUCUGCGCGCCUCUAGCCCCCUCACCUUUCGCUUUCUUCCCACCGCUCUAUACUACACGGAUAUGGGAGAUCACUUCCGUCCGGAAAUUCUGGAGCUAUGGCUGGCAUCGCCUUUUCGCUCGGUUGUUCGAGGUCUAUGGUGUUUGGCCUGGCGAGUACGUCGAGCGAAAACUUACGGGCAAGGGAGCGAAUGAGCGGGCGAAUAUUGGGAAGGUGGUUGGGGGGUUUUUGAGUAGUGCUUUUGUGCAUUCAUUUUCUGUGAGGAGUGUGUUGGGUGGGGAUUGGGUGAAGGCGAGGGGGGAGGCGGUGUUCUUCUCCACGAAUGGGGCGGCUGUUGUUGUUGAGGAGGUUGUUAGAUGGGUGGUUCUGUCGAUGAGGAAGAAGAAGGGCAGGGCUUUGCAGAUGUGGUAUGAUCCCUGGAUUGGAAGGGCAUGGUGGGUCACUGUUUUACUGUUUAGUGGCCGGAACUUUGCUCGGGGCUGGGUCAAUGCUGGGUUGGUUGGCGAGAUGGCGGGAAGAUGA